CUUUAACGACCUUUUUUGAGCGGGGCGAGCGCCAGGGCACGUGCCGGGCACGGGCCGAAGAGCUGCCCCUCGGGCCCCCCCCCCUCUCUGCAGGCAGGCUGCCCCCGCCGCUGUGCGCCUCCGCCCGCCCGGAGGCCAAGGAGCGCCCGGAGCGUGGCGCGGUAAGAGGGCGUUGGUUUUUAUUUCUCUCCCGCCGCUCGCGCGCGGCACGGUUGGACCGCCCGCGCGUGGAGUGCAGGGCCCUCUACGCCCGCGCGGGGCCCACAGGCCGAGGAGGGGAGCGGCAGGCCGAGCAGGGAUUGGAUGGGGUUGGCCGGGGUGGUUCUUCGGUCGGGGCUUCUUUCCGUACGCAGCGUAUCGUAAAUCAGUUUACUGUAGAAGCGUCGUCGACCUGUGUCGUUGCGCAAUGACUGCGGACUCCCAAUCUCGUGUUUAGCACGGGUGCUUAUCUUGUAUAUAGUCGACGUUCCCGAGGACGGACUGAGAGCAUCGUCGGUGGUCUCGCCGGUGUCGGGGGGCGCCCCCGUUUGAAGACCGAAUGUUUUUGCGACGGUCGCUUCACGCUGACGGCAUUGGAGCUGCUGGCAGUAUCUUCUAGAGUGUUCUGCAACGCAGUAUGAGCUUUCGGCACAAUUUCAAAUUGCCAAUUCAUGUGUUGCCUUCCUGUUUAGGUUGUGGGCGCACGUUGUUCCAUGACGUGGGCGGGUCAACAACAUUUUGCAUUCGGUCCGGGGAGCAGUGGAUACAUGCGAUUCGUUUUAGCAUUCCAGUCGUUUUCUUUAGUCGCGCCGCAUCUGUCGAUAUUCGCUAGGCUUCAGUCUGGAAGACUGGGCUUGCCCGUGCGGCGUAGUGCAUUUUCCGCACUUCUGGACGUCUCCAAUAACGAAGCCGGGGCCGCCGCUUGUACUUGACCAGUCACUCCUGGCGCGUGGGCGGGCACUGUCCGGCGCUUGAGCCCCUCGGUGCCAAAGGGGCCCACUGCUGUGGAGCCGGGGCGGCGGGCGCUUCUGCUGCGGGCGCGCGGCCGGGCAAAGUUGCUGUGGCCACCGCCGGGGACGCUGCUCGAAGCUCGCGGACGGCGGCGGGGUAGAGAAA